UGACAUCAUAAAGAACUGAUUAGUAAUUUGAACGUAUGACAAAGAGAGGAGAGGGGAUGAUAUAAAUGAGUGUCAUGUUGGUUAGAGGUUCGAAGAUUCCUCUUGAAAUUGGUGUUCUAUAUCCUACACAAGACUGUUAAUAGAUGGGAGGGAAACUCAAGAACAUCAUGACACCUCACUCUCUUUUUGCCUUUCACAAUGGCCAAGGAAAUUAAAAUGUUUAACAAGCACACAUACCAUACAUACAUUUACCAAAUAAGCACAAAGGUAGAUGGUCGACCUGGUUUUGCCAAUCCAAUAUGGUUCUUCAAAGUGGGCAAAGUUUGGAGCUUUGUGAGUCCCCAUUUCCCAAAACCAGCCACUGCCUUCAAUAGCUAGCUAGCUGUUAGAUUUUGACAUGGACCCACCCCCAAGAAACAAAACACUCUCCUUCCCAAACCCAAAAUACAUAUAAUGCUAAAUAUAUCAUCUUUCUGGCAGAUCCAUGGCCACCACACCCUAGAAGAUAAGCAAGUUAUGGAGCAAGCAUUCAUCUUUACUACUAAUAUGUUCACUUUGACAACUUAACUCUCUCUCUCUCUCUCUCUCUCUCCCUCUCUCUCUCCAUCCUCUGCUUCUCCUCAGACCAUUGCCCCUCAACAGCAAGAAACAAAAGCCCUUUUGCAGAAUCCCAUAGGCCUCCACUAGAAGGCUAGAAAGAAUUUUGCAGCAGUUGAGUCAGUGAGCUAGGUCUUUCCAGUAUUCAUUACACCAUGGAUGGUACUCAACUGCUUGGAGACAGCAAAGCAAAAGUUGUGGAGCUAGAUACUACUAUGAAAGAAGACAAACCAGCAGCAGCAGCAGCAGCAGCAAUAUCCCCUGCAUCACCACCUUCAGCAACUACAUCUCCUUCUCAUGAAUUCUCUUUCACAGUCUCUCUUCAUUCUUCCUCAACAGCAACUCUUCCUGCAACCAUCGACAACAGCAAUAAGUCCUCCAAACCCACAACUCAAAAUCCAUCCUUUGCCAUUGAUUUGUCUCCAGCCGAUGACAUCUUCUUCCACGGUCACUUGCUCCCUCUUCACCUCCUCUCUCACCUUCCUGUCUCUCCUCGCUCAUCCACCAAUUCAAUGGACAGCUUCACCCUCCCCAUCAAGGAAUUGAUGGGUGACCAGAUAGCCAGCAACAGAACUAGCACCACAACAAAUCCCAUAAGCCAGAAAGCCCAUAGCACAAACAACAUCAGAACCAGGCCAAGCAAUCACCAUCAUGAGAGCAUCGAGAGCAGUGAAGCAAAAGGAAGAUCAAAGUCCAAGUCAUUCUCUUUGUUCGGGUGGAGAAAGAGGUGUGAAGCUAGAGAAAGGGAAGAAGAGAAGGAGAAGCAACAGAAGAAAAGGCUCAAGUUCGAUGUUAGUCAUAUACUGAAGAGGUAUGCGAGGAUGGUAAGGCAUACAUUCAGAGGGAGGAAGGAGAAUCAUCCCCAUUUCCAGAGGCAGCCUCGUACAUUUUCAGGCCAUUUGAGCGUGAGAAACAACAAGCAUGAAUUGAGAGGAAGGAGGGGUGAAUUGUUCUCUGCACCUGCAUCAAUGAGAACUUCUCCAUCUAACAGUGGGGUUCUUUGCACCAUUCCUCCUUCUACAAAUGACAGCACCAUGGAGGAGCUGCAGGCUGCAAUUCAAGCUGCAAUUGCUCAUUGCAAGAAUUCCAUAGCCACCGAAGAGAAGAAUAAAUGUUGAAUGAUGGGAAGUGCAAAUUUUCCAGUAGAAGUUCUUUCCCCCAUGUUUUCCCAUAUUGCUUGUCAUACCUGUGUAUAAAUUGGUAUAUAUAAUUUAUAAUAUAGAACAGGGAUUCUCACUGAGUUCUCAGAGUUAAAGCUGAGUUUUUUAGACGGAUUUAUUAUCACUUUCAAGGAUGAAUGAAUAUCUCUUUGCUUUUCUUGUGUCCACAUGGCAGCAAAGGGAAUGAUAUUUAGCUUCACAGACAAUUCAAAUUGAUAACUAUCAGAUGUUCUUCCUAGGAUGCCUUUAUGGGACACAUGUAAAUCUUGAACUGAAAGAGAAAAAACCCAGGCAUUUUAAGAUACGGAACUGUCCGUACUAUAAACUGGAGAUAUGAUCUCAACAUGAAACGGAAGUGCAAUAAAGUUUAGCAGAUAGACUAAUCAUAUCAGAUUGAAUGAAGCUGAAUUAAGAGUCCAAGACAUAAAGGCUGGAAUCAUUAAUUGAUUAUUGUCUUAUGCUCUAUCCUUGGCUGGCUCUAGUCAAGCCAGCAAGGCUGUGUGCCAAGCUUGCUGUACAAAUGAGCUGCACCUAGCCAGACAUACCUAACAUAUAAGGCCUAACUCUUCAAUCUAGGAUCACAGUCUUGAAUAUCAAUUAUCAUUUUAGGGGCAAAGUAGAUCCAUUGAGCUUGUUAGAAGUACUGAAUAUCCUCCAAACAGGUGUAUGAGCUGACAAAAAAUCACCUUGUUCUGACUAUAAUCAGAUGAAAAGAAUCAUAAUUAUGAAGCAUAAAAGUCCCCAGUUCAACAUGAAAUGAAAAGGUGCGACAAGAGAAAAGGAAAACCAACUUCGGUAGGUACCAUGUAAAGCAAGAAAAUUGCCAUGAUUGAGCAUAAAAAAGGCAGAGGGUCUCCUGAAUUGAUUGCUUCAAAGUUUAAAAGUUCACAGGAACAACCAACUGGUACCAAAGUACCCACAAUCAUUCCACAGUCCACAACAAUAAUGAAUGUGUUGUGAUUGACAUUUUAACCACAAGUUUGCCAGACAAAAUUAUUUGGCAUAUACAAUAAUAUAAUAACCAGAACUCUGCCCUUCAUUACCAGAUAAAUCAAGUCUUUUGUUUUGUAACUGUGUAGAAAAAUCAUAAAAAAAUCAGAACAAGAUUUGUAAUGUCCAAAUAGCUUUUGGAGGAUUGGGGAGGGGGUAUAAUUUAUAUGCAUCAUAGGAUGAUGAAGCACAGAAUGAAGAUUGAUACGUUGAUAUGAUCUGUGCAAUUGACUAAUGGGCUAAUCCCCUUUUUCUUUCUUUCUUUCUUUCCCCAUACUGAUACUAACAUCCCACUACAAGACUGAAAUGAAACCCCACAACCCACAUGACAGUGGCUGCUGCCAUGCCUUUUGAGCAUCAAUCCAAAGCAACAAAACACAGACAGGGACAAAAAAAAAAGGGGCACAACAACAUCACCAACGAGAAAAGAAAACAACCCCCAUAUGCACUGUAUCCGCACGAGUGGAUUCCCUCGGAUAUGGCUUUCCUUUUUGUAAGAUUUCAUCUUUGCCCCGUGAAAGUAAAUGCGCACAAGGUGUUUGCUUUAAUUACCCACCGAAGGGAAAAAAAGCGCCAUCGCCCCCCUCAAAAACAGGGGCAAAUGGUUGCACUGCUCAAGAAGAUACUGAUUACCUCGCAUGAUUGGGUAAGGGUGGUCAUAGUUCAACAACAUCUUUCGAAGAAUCUAAUUUAAAGUCUUGCAAUUACCCACGAAAUAAAGUGAUGUUGCGAUC